AUGAGCGUGGCGGGGAAGCAGCCUCCUCCAGCACCGCUCGAGCGGCCCGGCAGCCUCCUCGUCCCCACCUGGACUAAAACUGGUAUUGCAUUGUUGUAUGAUGAAGUAUCUGAAAAUGCUUAUGACAUCCGACUGAAACUUACAAAAGAGGUAUUAACAAUUCAAAAACAAGAUGUCGUCUGUGUUAGUGGAAGUGAUCACAGUGCAAAUCACAGAACUGUUACACUUCAUAGACAACCAGUUGGUGGCUUGGGCUUAAGCAUAAAGGGUGGUGCUGAGCACAAAGUGCCUGUCGUCAUAUCAAAAAUAUUUAAAGACCAAGCAGCUGAACAGACAGGAAUGUUAUUUAUAGGAGAUGCAAUAAUACAGGUUAAUGGUAUAAAUGUAGAAAGUGCAACCCAUGAAGAAGUGGUACACCUGCUGCGAAAUGCUGGCGAUGAAGUUACCAUCACAGUUCAAUACCUCAGGGAAGCUCCAUCAUUUUUAAAGCUCCCAUUAGGUUCCCCUGGACCAUCCAGUGAUCACAGCAGUGGAACUUCAUCACCUCUCUUUGACAGUGGCUUACAUUUAAAUGGAAACUCAACUAACACGGCUCCAUCAUCACCUUCUUCACCCAUAGCUAAUGAACCAAAAUACGAGAAGCGCUGGCUAGACACCUUAUCAGUUCCUCUGUCGAUGGCUCGAAUCUCGAGGUACAAAACUGGAACAGAUAAAUUAAGAUCUAAUGCAUUUGAAGUGCUGGCACUCGAUGGAGUUAGUACUGGGAUACUUCAGUUUUAUACAGCCCAGGAGAGUGCUGACUGGCUGAGAGCAAUGUCAACUAACAUCAGUGAUUUGACACUUCAAAAUAUGAAAAUGGCAAAUAAAUGCUGUUCUCCCUCUGACCAGGUCAUACAUAUGGGAUGGGUAAAUGAGAGACUUGAAGGAACUGAUUCAUCUCAGCUCUACAGAUUCAAGUUUCUGGCCCUGAAGGGUUCAUCCUUCUACAUUUUCAGCACUCCACCGGUAAGCACACUAGACUGGGUACGAGCUGAAAAAAUAUAUAACCUCUGUGAGGUUCUGUUUAAAAUUCACAAGAUGAAGAAUCACAUACUGAAACAUGUCUUUCAGCUCUGGCUUGCUGAUGAUUGCUGGCUACAAGCAAACUUGUAUUUAGGUAUUCACCAGGACUUCGAUCUUGAAGACCAGAGGCCGUAUUGUUUCAGUGUUAUGGUUGGACAUGGCAAGAGCCAUUAUUUCAACGUAGAGCUGGGCAGUGAAUUGGCAGUGUGGGAGAAAUCAUUUCAAAGAGCAAUUUUCUUGGAAGUUCAAAGAACAGGGUCUAAAACAUAUAUGUGCAGUUGGCAAGGGGAUACCCUGUGUUUCACAGUCGACUUUGCUCUAGGAUUUACCUGUUUUGACAGUAAAACAAAGAAUGUGCUGUGGAGGUUUAAAUUCUCUCAGCUCAAAGGCUCAUCAGAUGAUGGGAAAACAAGAGUAAAGCUGCUUUUUCAAAAUCUAGACACCAAACAAAUUGAGACAAAGGAACUUGAAUUUCAGGAUCUGACGGCAGUUUUACACUGUAUUCACUCCUUUAUAGCAGCAAAAGUGGCAUCUGUGGAUCCAGUAUUCAUAGACAGUCAGAGUAUUGCAAGAAAAUAUAUGUACAGUAACUGA